AUGCCGGACCCGGCCCCGGUUCCUAUCCAGGUCCCGGUCCCGGUCCCGGUCCCGGCCGGCCUCCUGCACCUCGCCGCCGCGCUGGCGCUGGCCGCGGGCGCGCAGGCGGGCGGAGGGACCGCACCGACAGAGCCCCCCCUGCCCUACUCCGGCAGCGACAUCGUUCAUCCCAUCAAGGUUGAUGAGCGUGGAUCCUUCCUCUCCUACGACCUGUCCCACCGAGCCCUUCACCGGAGGUCACCUUCCCCCCGGGGCAAGCCCCUCACCUUCUACGAGCUGCGUUACAGAGGGGAAGCCCUGCGGUUCAACCUCAGCCUCAACACCCACCUCCUGGCACCCGGGUUCCUCAGCGAGAGGCGGUUCGGGGGCAUCGCCGGAGCCAAGAUCCGGUCCCACACCCACAACUCCUGCCACAUGAUCGGGGAGGUUCGGAGCAGGGUGCUGCUGGGGGGGCCGGCAGCCCUCAGCACCUGCGAUGGCCUGAAGGGUGUGUUCCAGCUCAUGAACGAGGACUAUUUCAUCGAGCCAGUGUCCCCCAGCUCCCAGGAGGAUGGGGCAGCACAGCCCCACAGGAUCUACAAGCGCCAAGCACCCGAGCACAGGGCAGAGGGAGCCAGGAGGCCACCAGCUCCUCAGCAAACCUGUGGUGUGCAAGAAACUCAGGAAAGCCUGGAGAGGUCUGAGAAGCGGAGGGAAAGGUGGGAACAGAAGCAGCACAGGAAGAGGAGAAUAAAGCAGCGUUCCAUCAGCAAGGAGAAGUGGGUGGAAACCCUGGUGGUGGCAGACACCAAGAUGGUGGAGUACCACGGGAGUGAGAACAUCGAGAAGUACGUCCUGACUGUGAUGAACAUGGUGGCAGGGUUGUUCCACCACGCCAGCAUCGGGAACCCCAUCAACAUCGCCAUCGUGAGGCUCAUCCUGCUGGAGAACGAGGAGGAGGAUCUGAAAAUCUCCCACCACGCAGACAACACCUUGAGAAGCUUUUGCAAAUGGCAGAAGAGCAUCAACAUUAAAGGAGAUUCCCACCCCCUGCACCACGACGUUGCAGUCCUGCUCACGAGGAAGGACAUCUGUGCAGCCAUGAACAGACCCUGCGAGACCCUGGGGCUGUCCCACGUGGCAGGGAUGUGCCAGCCCCACCGGAGCUGCAACAUCAACGAGGACACGGGGCUGCCCUUGGCCUUCACCGUGGCCCACGAGCUGGGACACAGUUUUGGGAUUCAGCAUGAUGGAAGCAGCAAUGACUGUGAGCCAGUUGGGAAAAGACCUUUCAUCAUGUCUCCACAGCUCCUGUAUGACACCUCCCCACUCACCUGGUCCCGCUGCAGCAGGGAGUACAUCACAAGAUUCCUUGACCGGGGCUGGGGGCUGUGCCUGGAUGACCCCCCAGCCCGGGAGGUGCUGGAUUAUCCCCUGGUGCCCCCCGGUGUCCUCUACGACGUGAGCCACCAGUGCCGGCUGCAGUACGGCCCCUACUCCACCUUCUGUGAUGACAUGGACAGUGUCUGCAGCACGCUGUGGUGCAGCGUGGGCUCCACGUGUCACUCCAAGCUGGAUGCAGCCGUGGAUGGCACGGCCUGUGGGGAGAACAAGUGGUGCUUCAACGGCGAGUGUGUGCCCGUGGGCUUCCGUCCUGAGCCCAUCGGGGGUGGCUGGAGCUCCUGGAGCCCCUGGGCCAGUUGCUCGCGCAGCUGCGGGGCAGGAGUGCAGAGUGCUGAGAGGCACUGCAGCAGCCCCACGCCCAAGUACGGCGGGAGGUACUGCCUGGGGGAGCGGAAGCGGUUCCGGAUCUGCAACAUCAGAGCGUGCCCCCCCGACAAGCCCUCCUUCCGCCAGGUCCAGUGCAGCCAGUUCAACCCCAUGCUCUACAAGGGGAAGCUCUACAAGUGGACACCAGUGCCCAACAACAUUAACCCCUGCGAGCUGCACUGCCGGCCGGAGGACGAGUUCUUUGCAGAAAAGCUGCGGGACGCGGUCAUCGAUGGGACCCCCUGUGACGAGGGCAGCACCAGCAGGGACAUCUGCAUCAAUGGCAUCUGCAAGAGCGUGGGCUGUGACUACGAGAUCGGCUCCAGUGCAGUGGAGGAUCGGUGCGGGGUCUGCCACGGGGAUGGCUCCACCUGCCACACCAUCCAGAAGACCUUUGAGGACAGCGAGGGGCUGGGUUACGUGGACAUUGGGAUUAUCCCUGUGGGAGCCCGGGAGAUCCGGAUCGAGGAGGUGGCCGAGGCUGGGAAUUUCCUGGCGCUGCGGAGUGAGGACCCUGAGAAGUAUUUCCUGAAUGGGGGAUGGACCAUCCAGUGGAACGGGGACUACAGGGUGGCAGGGACCACCUUCACCUACAAGAGGACGGGGAACUGGGAGAACCUCACCUCCCCGGGACCCACUGUGGAGCCAGUUUGGAUCCAGCUGCUGUUCCAGGAGACCAACCCGGGCGUGCGGUACCAGUACACGAUCCAGCGGCCGCCUGACGGCCAGAACCGGAUCCAGCAGGACCGGUUCCUCUGGCGCCUCGGCUCCUGGACCUCCUGCACUGCCACCUGUGGCACCGGGGUGCAGAGGCAGCUGGUGCACUGUGUGGAGAAGCUGAUGGGCAUCGUGGAGGAGCAGCUCUGCGACGCGCUCACCCGCCCCGAGGACCAGCAGAGGACAUGCAGUGAGGAGCCCUGUCCAGCCAGGUGGUGGGUCGGGGAGUGGCAGGGAUGCUCAGCCACCUGUGGGUGGUCGGGGCUGAUGAAGAGGACGGUGCUCUGCAUCCAGAGUGUGGGGAUGGACGAGCAGAGGGCCCUGCACCCAGCAGACUGCCAGCACCUCCCCAAGCCAGAUGCCACCAUGCCUUGUCACCAGGAGGUCCCCUGCCCCUCCCAGUGGGCUGUGGGGAACUGGUCAGAGUGCUCCACCACGUGUGGCAACGGGACCCGGAGGCGUUGGGUGUCCUGCAGCGGGGCUGCCUGUGACCCAGCAGCACGACCCAGCUCAGAGGCUGCUUGCUCCUUGCCAGGCUGCCAGGAGGGCAGCGACACGGAGGGCUCUGGCAGCGGCUCCUCAGUGCUCAAUGAAAUCCAUCACAUCCCCAGCAACCCCGUGGCCAGGUUUAACCCCCUCAUCCCAAGCAUUCCUGAGCCCCAUGAUGUCAAUAUCAUCCCCGAGGAGGACUUCUCAGCCAGACAGGGAAAUGUCUUCGUCGAUGAUUUUUACUACGAUUAUAACUUUAUCAACUUCCACGAGGAUCUCUCUUACUACCCCUUCACGGAGAAGGAGACCAAAAGUGGGGAGCCCAAACCAGAGCUGAGCAGCAAUGAUGUGGAGGGGCCCCGGGAGAUGCCCACUGAUGUCCUGCACACCACCAUGCCAGGAGGAGCCAGUGGGGACCACCUGGUGACCAGCAAAGCAGAGACUUCUGUGAAUGGGGAAGGAGAGAUGGAGCCUGGGGACUUAGCCAUGAACAACCUCCUGAGUGUGGGCCCUGGGGACACGGGGACAGCCACUCCUGAGUAUGCCAUCGAUGACUUCAUGGCUGAGGAGGAAGAUGCCCUCCUUGUGCCCCACUCCAAGGACCCCCUGCCCACCCAGAGCAUCACAAGCCACGAUUCUGCAACACCUCUGGUGGGCUGGGGGAGCUGGGGAGCUUGGGGGGGGCUGUGGAACACUGGCAGCCAGGAGCACAGCGUGGCUGGGUCUGUGGAGACUGACCCUGAAGAGCCAGAGGAAAUGGGUCUGGGCAGCACUGGGGAUGCUGAUGGUGCCACCCCCACGAGCCAGGAGCAGGAGGGGUAUGCAGAGACUCUGGAGGGGACAUCAGGCACCUCUGCAGCACCCGUGGCCAGUGACCAAGGCCAUGGGGCAGAGCAGGCAGAUCUUCCCUUCCCCACCCCACAGGGACUGGGAUGGGAGGACGAGAGGGAGGAGGAAGAGGUGGAAGAGGAGGAAGAAGAGGAAGAGGAGGAGGAGGAAGAGGCUUUGCUUUCCCCAUCGCCCAGGGCUCCAGCCACUGCCAUGCCCCGCUGGGAGGUCGGGGGCUGGAGUGAGUGCUCAGCCACCUGUGGGGUUGGUGCCAUCUGGAGGUCCGUGCGCUGCAGCUCCGGCAGUGACCAGGACUGUGCCAUGGCCACCAAGCCCGUCCCUGCCCGGAGGUGCUCCCUGAGACCCUGCUCCUCCUGGCAGGUGGGCAGCUGGAGUAAGUGCUCCCGGAGCUGUGGCAGAGGGGUGAAGGUUCGGGAUGUGCACUGCAUGGACACCAGAGAGCAGAGGCUGCUGCGGCCCUUCCACUGCCAGGCUGUGCUCUACAAACCCCCCAGGCAGCUGCCCUGCCAGGAGAGGCCAUGUCUGGGCUGGUACACCUCCUCCUGGAGAGAGUGCUCAGAGCCCUGUGGUGGUGGGGAGCAGGAGAGGCUGGUGACAUGUCCAGAGCUGGGACACUGUGAGGAGUCACUGCGGCCCAACAGCACCCGGCCCUGCAACACCCAUCCCUGCACCAGCUGGGUGGUGGGAUCCUGGGGAGAGUGCUCUGCUCCCUGUGGUGGGGGCAUCCAGAGGCGCCAGGUCAAGUGCAUCAACACCCAGACAGGGCAGGAGGGGCCCAGCAGCCUCUGUGACCACCAGCCACAGCCCCAGAGCACCCAGAAGUGCAACCUGCAGGACUGCGACAGCUCCGAGUCGGGCUCCAGCUGCGAGCGGGACCGUCUGACCUUCGCCUUCUGCCAGACCCUGCGGCUGCUGGGCCGGUGCCACCUCCCCACCGUCCAUCUCCAGUGCUGCCGGAGCUGCCGCCAGCACGGACACCGCUCCCAGCCCGGCCGGGACCGCGGGGACGAGCGGGAUUCCCGGAGGUGA